UAUGUGAAACGCAACACAAUGACUUGGCUCGUACUGUUGCUGUUCUGGGUGCUUCGGGAUCCUGUUUUCAGCGCUAACUGCCCCAAGCUCUGUAGCUGCAGAACGGAUAAUCGUAUCAUUUGCCAGGAGAGCAAAGUCGAUCAUAUUCCAAACGAUUUUCCCAGAAGCGUCAGCAAGCUAACUUUUAAAUACACUAAUCUGAACAGAAUACCAAGUGGAGCUUUCUCUGGACUCAACAACUUAUCAAGCAUCUGGAUGUUACAGAAUGAAGCUUUGGAGAAUAUUGAAAAAAAUACUUUUGUUAAUCUACCAAAUCUUGUUGAAAUAAUAAUUGAUAAAGCAAAGCUGCUUGUGCAAAUUGACCGAGGAGCAUUCGGAAAUCUUCCGCAGUUAAGAUACAUGACCAUCACCAACACUGGAAUUAGGUAUUUCCCUGAUAUCAAAAACAUACAAUCUGAAGACUUUAUCCUUCUUGAAUUCCGAGACAAUAUAAACAUGCACAUCAUUCCAUCCAACGCUUUCCAGGGAUUAAGCUCUGGGACAUUAAGUAUAAAGCUGAUUAACAAUGACCUCACAGAAGUACAGAGUCAUGCAUUCAAUGGAACAGAUUUAGAUCAGCUCAGUCUGGCAGGUAAUCAAAAUCUACAGAAAUUACACGAUGAUGUUUUCAUGGGGGCAACAGGUCCAACUGUUCUGGAUAUUUCAAGAACGAGCAUUGGUAUGCUUCCAGUUCAUGGCUUGAAGUCUGUUAAGAAGCUCAUAGCUCAGGCAACUUCCAACUUAAAAAAAUUGCCACCUCUGGAUAACUUUGUGAAACUAAGAGAAGCAAGCAUGACGUACCCAAGCCACUGCUGUGCUUUUGAAAAUGAAAAUGCUAAGAAACAAAAAGAAAUACAGUCAUCUGCAGUUUGUAACAAGCUCUAUAGCAACAUCAGCUCCCCACGGGAAGUGGAGAUGAGCUCCUUGCAUUCAAAGAAAUCUUUGCAGAUUAAUUCAUCAUUGCCUCAACAAUAUGCCUUUCUUGAAAAUGAGGCAUGGUUUGACCUAAAUGAAGAUGAACCCUUUUUUGACUAUGGUUUCUGCACAAAUGUGGUAGAUGUGAUCUGUUAUCCCAAGGCGGAUGAAUUCAAUCCAUGUGAAGACAUUGUGGGGAAAGACAUUCUGAGGGUCAUGAUAUGGCUAAUGAAUAUUCUUGCUAUUGUAGGGAAUGUUGUUGUUCUUAUAGUAUUAUUAACAAGUCGAUAUAAACUUACUGUCCCACGAUUUCUUAUGUGUAAUCUGGCCUUUGCAGACUUUUGCAUGGGUCUCUAUUUGUUGCUUAUUGCUUCUGUAGAUAUCAAAACAAAAGGUCAGUACUACAACUAUGCUAUAGACUGGCAGACUGGUGCUGGAUGUGCAUCUGCAGGGUUCUUCACUAUCUUUGCCAGUGAACUCUCAGUGUACACACUGACUGCAAUCACCCUGGAAAGAUGGCACACGAUAACUUAUGCCAUGCGGUUGGACAGGAAGCUCCACUUGAGGCAUGCUAUUGUGAUUAUGAUUGGCGGUUGGAUGUUUUCAUUUACCGUUGCAGUGUUACCUCUUAUUGGAAUCAGUAAUUAUAGGAAGGUUAGCAUUUGUCUCCCUAUGGACAUCAAUUCACAAAUCUCUCAAGCUUAUAUUAUUUUCAUUCUGAUUUUAAAUGUUACUGCAUUUUUAGUUAUUUGUUUUUGCUACAUUAGAAUAUACUUAACCGUUCGAAACCCCAACUUUGUUUCUACAAAUAGUGACACAAAAAUUGCCAAGCGCAUGGCUGUAUUAAUCUUUACAGAUUUCAUUUGCAUGUCGCCUAUAUCUUUCUUUGCUAUUUCAGCAGCUCUGAAAGUUCCUUUUAUCACAGUGUCUAAUUCCAAGAUUCUCCUGGUUCUGUUCUACCCAAUCAACUCUUGCGCCAAUCCCUUCCUGUAUGCAAUUUUCACAAAAACAUUUCGUCGAGAUUUCUAUAUUCUUUUAAGUAGGUUUGGCUGCUGUGAAAUGAAAGCACAGCUCUACAAAACAGAAACAACAUCAUCAAUUCACAAUUCCAAUGUGAGAAAUGGUGCUUUGGCCACUGCAUCACAGUUUGGUCAAGGAAUGGCUUACGCAGAGCUUCUGGUAGCCAAUAAUCGACAGCAGCAUGAAGCUCAAUCUCAGUUCUCAAGAAAUUAG